ACAGAUUUUCCCUCUCAAUUUAAUACCCGUUAUUCCACAUCCUCUCCCAUAUUUUUUCCAUCUCCACGCUCCACAAUUUUUCAGUGUUCCUUUUCAUUUUCUUAGUAAAAAGUUCUUGAAAUUUUUACCAACGUCUCUUUCAAAUUCAUAACUCUCAGGUAUUCAAGAAUAGGGAAAAAUAAAAUAAAAUUGGUAGAGGGAAGUAAGAGCGUGGAGUGAUUAAUUAGUGUUUCUCGAAAAAAAGACUCAGUUGAAUCUUCAAGAACCGCCGCUGACACCACUGACCAUCUCCCUUCCGAAAUACACGAAAAUACUCCAGUCUUUUGAUCAAGAUAAUUGCACAAGUAUCGAUGUGAAACGCGAUUAAAAUGACGCUGAGAUACUCAGUUUAGUGUUGAUCAGUGACAAGUUUCUUGCGCCGAAAUGACUUUCCCCAUUCUGCAUCAAUACUAGGUAGUCUAGGUUAUGAACUUUGAUGCAAGAUGUACUACAGAAAUUUUCCUGUGAAACUUCCCAACUUCUUCAAGAAGGAACCUUCUGAUCCUGGUGGCGGUUUCAUACGUUGCGACUGUGCAUCUGUUUGUAGGAACCGUGACUGUCUAUGCUUUACUGCUUCGAAGUUUUGUACGAAUUCUUGUACUUGCCAUUUGUGCAUGAACAAACCUCGACGUCAAAAUCGUCAGCACAUCAAUGAGCAUCCUGCAUAUAAUCGUGGCCGAUGGGGAGGUGGAAGUCAAUCAGACUGUUAUUCGGGGGUUGAAGAUGAAGAAGAAGACGACACAUAUUGGGAAGAUUGGUGUAGAAAGACGGAAAAAUACUCUCAUUGGAAAACCACUGGGAGUAAAGAUGUUCCAUGCAUUAAAACGAAACAGCGAGAAACUUCUCCCAAGGAAUCUGUUGGUGAAACCCCAAUGAGGAGUCGUACAAAGAACUAUAAAUCUGAAAGGAAAGAGUAUACCAGCUUAGAAGAAUCUCCUAUCAGUAAAAGGAAAGAAAACAAGUCUAAAAGUAAAAGCAGCACCUCGAAUAAAAGGAAAAAGAAAGAAUAGUGGGAAGAUUAAGGUAGAUCAUGGACCAGAGCCACCACCAAAUCCUAAAACAAGGAGGGAGUUUCACCUCCUUGUGAGCAUUCACCUUUUCAUUUCUUCAUUACUCUGUUUUCUCAAUGUUAUUGGUUGUCGUUUGAUAUUUUACAUAGGUCACUAUCAGCAGACAGCUUUAUGUCCAUGGGAACUGUAAGUAAAGUAAAAAUUGUGCCAGGUAUAAAAUGUUUACCUUAAUGAAAGUGGCACACUCUUCUUUAGAUGGUGACCUAUAAUGAGGUUGUUUAAAACUCUCGACAUCCAACGUAAUUGCAUCUUA